UGUGUAGUGAAUGGGGACUGAACAAGGUAGCCAAAUGGCUGACCUCUAUAGGGUUAGAGGAAUAUGGCCCAAAAUUUACUGAUACAUGUUUAGAAUUUUUUGUCUUCAUUAUUUUCUUGUAUACUUAUUUAGGUUUUUUUUUUUCUCUACAGGAUACAAGAAGUUAUACUGUAAUAGUAUUGAGCAGCCAGUACACAAUGAAAUGUCCAUAUUGUGAAAGGCUACAGUAUAGCUUUUCACAGUAUUGUAAACAUUUGCAAUUAUACCAUGAAUAUGAGAGUAACUUUUCAGUUUUCUGUCAUAUCCCAGGAUGUAACAAAAACUUCAGAAAUGUUCUCAGCUUAAAAAAAAACAUAAUUCAAGGAAUCAUGGAGCAAAGAUGUUUCUUAAUACAGAUGGUGGUCAGGUUAGAACAAGUAGUAUGGAUUCAGAACUUAAUGCUGCAGAUGGUGGAGAUGGAUGUAGAGAAGGAAAUGUUGAAGAAGAAAGUUGUGACUUUGAUCCCACUCACUGCAAGAGUUAUUCAGAUGAUUUCACUAAGAAGUUUGCAACUUUCAUAUUAAGUAUUAAAGAGAAACAUCUCUUACCAGACAGUAUUCAAGAAACCAUAAUUUCUGAGUCAGUGCAUCUCAUAACUCACACAGCCUCAAUUAAAAAUGGACUUUUGGAACUUGGCUCUACUCCUGCAGAUUCAGAAACUUUUUCUAACCUUCUUAAUAAAGAAACAGGUUUCGGCAAGAAAAUAAAUUUAGACUCAAAUUAUAAGGUUAAUGAAUAUGUAAAGAAGGUGUUCCCAUUUGUAGGUGCACAAGAAUACUAUUUGUCGUGCCAUGUUGCCCAAUCUAAAUAUCAUUAUGUGUCACUUCAUGAAUUACUUAAGACUGCACUUAAAAGCAAGAUGUCUUUGAACUAGUAUGUAAAAACAGACACCGCAUGCAUCAACAUAAUGUAUUGUAUGAUACCUGCGAUGGUAAACUUGCUGCAUCUUUGAUGGAUGAUUCAUGUGUAAAUUUGAAGCUGCACUUGUACGUUGGUGAAUUUGAAUUGUGGAACUCCAUUGGAGCCAAACGUGGGAAAUACAAGUUAACAGCAGUGUACUGUGCCACUGGAAACAUGCCAGUUAGGUAUAGAAUUAAAAGCAACAUGAUAUAUUUGUGUUUGUUAAUAAGGCACAAGUUUCUUAAGAUUCAUGAUCCAACAUAUCAAACCCAUGCUGGCAAAUCUACAAAUUCUUCACAGUGGAAUUGACAUGAAUGUCAAUGGGAAGGAAGUACAUGUUAAAGCAGUACUUGAGCUUAUACUUGGGGAUAAUUUAUCUUCUCAUGUUAUUGCAGGAUUUCAGACUAACUUUAAUUCUGGUUCCAUUUAUAGAUAUUGCACAAUAAACUACAAUAAUUUCAGAAAAAUAAAAUCAGUAUCAGAUUUGGUGAAAAGAACAGAUGCAAGCUAUGCAAACCAGAUCAAGUAUAUUGAUGAUGACCCACAAGAUGCUGCUAUUUAUGGCAUCAAACACAGAUGUGUUUUUUCUAAGCUUGAAUACUUCUCUUUGAUAAAUGCUUUCCCACCAGAUAUAAUGCAUGACUUCUUAAAAGGAGUGAUACCAGUCACAGUUUAUUUAGUACUGAAAGCCCUUCACUCACAAAAACUUAUCACAGUUACUGACUUAAACACUUCCCUCAGUCAGAUCAGUACACCAAGUAAUAAUAAACCUAAUAUGUUCACUGAUGCUUUCUUUACAUCUGGCAAAAUUAUUGGAAAUGCUUCGCAAAAGCUGGAGCCGCUCCUAUUGUUACCUCAACUAGUAAAUCUUGACAGAGUGAAAAAUUUAGCACCAUGGGAUGUGUAUUUAAUGUUAAGGCAGUGUAUGGAUUACAUUUUAAGCCCUGUAGUUAAAAAAGAAUCACCACCUUUUUUGGCUGAUAACAUUGUGUCUUACAUUCAGAAAUUUACAGAAAAUUUGGGUAAGGAAAAAUGAAUCCCAAAGCACCAGUAUAUGUUCCAUAUUCCAUCAAUGAUGGAGAAGUUUGACCCUUUAAGGAAUGUAUGGUGUAUGAACUUUGAAAGGAAGCAUCAGUAUUUCAAGAAAUUAGUAGCAAACACCAAAAAUUUCAAUAAUGUCACUCAUACAAUGACUGAGAGACAUCAGAUGAAACCUGCAUAUGAAUUUUCAGCUGACAAAAUUUUUCCAGUAGAAAGUGAGCAUCUCUCAUCUAUGAAAAGCAUAAGUUUUGGUAGUCUACCUCGAACUCUCUGAAUGACAAUUUAGGAUAAAAUCGGUGCCCCUUAAAUGAUGAUUACAUCAUGCCAGCUGUCAAGUCAUUGUUUGUUGGAAUCAAAUACAGCAUCAACUCUAGUUCUUGUUUAAUAUUAGAUUUCAUUAAAGAAUUGCAUGUUUUUGUACAAAGUAUAUCCUGCAAUUGGAAGGAAAUUGGCAUCUGUGUGUCAAAAUCUAUCUCCCUAUCAAAUAUAACAAGACAGCAUAUGCUUAUGAAGUAGAGUGCCAACCAUCAUGGUUAGCUGUGCUUCCACAUGAUCUUAUUGACAGUCACCAGCACAGAAUGUAUAGAAAAAAAAAAAAACAUGCCUAUAUUGUAUUUAAUGUAACAGAAUACAGUAACACUUCAGAGUAAUAUUUUCCUUCGUUGUUAUCCUUAUAUGUAUUCUCUUAAUUGUUAAGUUGUACAUAACUUUGCUUCUGUACUUGUUUUCCUCUUACAUACGAUGUCUGCAAGUAUUGAUUAGCUUCUUCAUGCAUGACCCUUAAAUCUACCUACUUGCUUCCUAACGAUGUAGGCAUGCCUUCAUGCCCAUAUAUUCAUACAAGUUUAUUAAAGGCACUUUCAUUGUUGUCUUUAUGGUUUACUAUCUUUUAUAAUUAUUGUGCUCCCUUUAAAUAAGUAGAGUAUGUUAUUUCUUGCUUGGUAUUAACUAUAUGUAUUGGCUCUUUCUUCCAAUAUUUUUUCAGAAUGUUCUAAAUUGUUCCAUGUUUCCUUCUAAAACAGGCAAUUACCAUACUUUUUUUUUUUUCAAGAUAACCUCUUAAAUGGCUCUUGACUAUUAAAGCUGACAGAACAUAUAGGAGAGUUACUAGUACCUAUCAUUGGGCAUAAAAUAGUACUGUUAGAAGAGUUGGAGAAGCUUAGGAGAAAAGAAAACUCUUCUGAAGAUGAUCAUGCAACACCUGUUGAUGGAAAGAAUACUGGUGUCAAUGAUGAAAACAGACCAGAAGACGCUGAAGCUGCUGCUGAGCCAGGUCCAUCUUCCUCCACCUCCGUUAAGUGGCAUGAUCUCCAUGACUACAAACUUCCUGUUCUACCUCCAUAUGUGAGGACACUGCUGCAAACAAAGCAGAACCACCUAGAUUGUAUGCCAGGGACAGCUAAUAGAAGGAGGGUCAUAGGUGUCAUAACUGGAGAUCUUGAAAAACGAGACCUCCUGUAAGUAAACAGACACAAUAUUUGAAAGAUUGAUAAACACACAUAAUAAUUGAAAGAUUGAUCAAAUGUUCUCAAUGAAUAUUCCAAAAGAGAAGGGUGUGAAACCAUUUUCUGGUGUUAUAACUCUUUGAAUCAGGGGAGAAGUUACUGUCAUAAAGUCAUAUGCCUUUGUUCAGUAUGGUGUCCAGGAAAGGAUUUUCCAGUAUCUUGAAUGCCCUGUUCAAGGAUUAUCCAUACCUUAGAGAUCCAGUAAGUCAUUUUAUAUUCUUUUAAAUGUAACAUCAGUAUUGUAAUGGAGAGUACAAUAUUGUUUUUAAUUGCUUAUUCUCAAAGCCUUAUAAAUUUCAGCGAAGCUGAAGGCAUUCACUGCAGAACAUGAUGAAGGUUAUAAGGCUGCCAUUAACAUCAAGAUCCUUUCUUGAGCUAAAAGAAAAAUUUGGUUCUCAGGGUAGAGUGUGAGGUCAGAAACGGCCCCUUGAUGAAGAGACUGUCAGAAACAGUAAUGGCUUGGUGAAGCGUCAGAAACUUCAGGAGCUGAUUCCAGGUGAUGAAGCUAUCAUCAAGUUUCAUUUAAAUGCUCUGCAGGAGAUGAGAAAAAAUAGUCCGGACUUCCAGCUGUGUCAGCGAAAAGUGGAAAGAACGCCCUCUUACAGGCCACAAAGGAGGUACAAUCUGGAGGUUUCAGUGUCAGAAAUUCUAGAGGAAUUUCCAACACUAUGGUGCAGGAACUUUCUUUCAAUUGAGACCAAGAGUGAGAAUGAUGGUAUCCCUGAUGAAACGUGGGAUAAACUGCAUACAUCCCUCAUUCAUCUUAUAAAAUUCACCAAGCAACCGUGUAAAAAUUUUCAGUUUUACAGCCGGUACAUGAAAAACCUGGACAGCACUCUGAAUGAAGAAGGGAAGAAAGAACAUAGAUUACUGUUUGCUGUCCAGAUGAUUCCAUCACUCUUCAGAGAGGACGAGGAAAUGGUGAUAGUGGACAGCAUUGAAUCACCAGAUGAUCAAGUCUCCAUCUCCCAAAUUGGUGACACAAAAGGACUUCCAAGUUUUCAUCAAUGGGGAACCCAUCUUGAUCACAAAGACAGCAAAAUUCAGUGCAAGGUCUGAAGCCCCAUUUCAUUGCUUUUGGGUGUUUGGCUUCCAGUACCCCCUAAAAAAAUAAUAAAUAAAUAAGAACCACACUGCUGUUCUUUGAAAAAAUCAUUUUCAAAGGCAGGCCAAAAAUUUCAGCAUCAGUUAUGUCAUAGGCUAAAAAAAUAGGAAUUGCAUGAAACCUCACACAGUAAAGCCACAUUAAUUUAAGACCACAUACCCAUGAAGCAUUGUUUUCCUAAACACACAGAUAAAUGAAAAUUAAAAUUUCACAAUUGUUCCACAUCCUCUUCUUCCUCCUCCUCCUCCUCAUCAUCAUCAGAUUCCACUGCAGGACAGCAGGCUUAACCCAACAGCUUUCAUUUACAAGUAACUCUGUCAUCUGCUUGUCUGUUCCAGGCCUUUCCAGCGUAACUUUGUAUCUCAUCUCUCCACCUAAGUCUCUGUUUGCUAUGCACUCAUUUUCCAUCCCUAAAUUGCCACUCUGUUACCCUAACAGUCCAUCUAUUAUUAUUUGUUCAGCACACGACACGUGCUACCCACGUCCACUUUUUUUGUUGUAACGUGUCAAGAUUUCUUCUACUUUUUCUGCUCCCUGAUCCAUGAUUCUCUUUUCUUGUCUCUCAACAUUUUGACAAGCAUUAUUCUCUCCAUUCCUAUAUAUAUUUAUAUAUCCUGUGUGUAUGUUACACAACACAUUCCUAUUUAUUUUUAUUCAGUAGAACAUACAUAUAUAUGAAGAUGUUAAUUGUGUAAUAAAUAGAUAUACUGAA